AUGGCGAUACCUGAUGUAAUCGACACCACCGCGACAGUCACUUUCUCCGGGCGUCCCUCUACCUUUGCCAUCACAACCGUGCUGCGUGCCGCUUUGGCUACGACUGCUAUGAGCUCCGGUUCGACCUCAAGCUCAGAUGGACAAGCCACUGACUCUACACGUCGUACUUCACAGAUCAUUACUACCUCCGAUAUAGCGACCCCAGCCAGCUACGACAAGUCUAACGACGGAGUCGAGCGUAACAACAAAUACAAGUUCGAGGACAGAGCCAACCUCUGA